GAAGCCUGAGAGCCGGGAGUCCCAGGGCGGCCUGGCGCGCCCCGCAGUCGAUCAUGGCCUUGCCAGAUUGGUGACAGUGUAUUGUGAGCAUGGUCAUAAAGCUGCCAAAAUCAACCCACUCUUCACUGAACAAGCCGUGCUGGAGAAUGUGCCUGAGAUUCAAGCUCUUGUGCAGACCCUGCAGGGACCCUUCAAUACCACAGGAUUAUUGAACAUGGGGAAGGAAGAGGCAUCUCUUGAAGAAGUAAUAGCCUAUCUCAACCAAAUCUACUGUGGACAUAUUUCUAUUGAAACCUUACAGCUUCAGAACCAAGAAGAGAAAGAUUGGUUCGCCAGGCGAUUUGAGGAACUGAAAAAAGAGACAUUUACUACAGAAGAGCGAAAACAUCUAUCAAAACUCAUGCUAGAAUCUCAGGAGUUUGAUCACUUUUUGGCCACUAAGUUUGCCACGGUGAAGCGAUACGGAGGCGAAGGGGCUGAAAGCAUGAUGGGCUUUUUCCAUGAGUUGUUGAAAAUGUCGGCCUACAGUGGAAUAACUGAUGUCAUUAUUGGGAUGCCGCAUAGAGGGAGGCUUAAUUUAUUGACAGGCCUUCUACAGUUUCCUCCAGAGUUGAUGUUCCGUAAAAUGCGAGGCCUAAGUGAAUUUCCGGACAAUUUCUCAGCCACUGGAGAUGUCCUGUCUCAUCUGACCUCCUCUGUGGACCUGGACUUCGGUGCACACCAUCCCCUCCAUGUGACAAUGCUGCCUAAUCCCUCACACCUUGAAGCUGUUAAUCCCGUGGCUGUCGGGAAAACUCGUGGCCGGCAGCAGUCUCGACAAGACGGGGAUUACUCUCCAGACCAUUCUGCUCAGCCUGGGGACAAAGUCAUUUGCUUACAGGUUCAUGGUGAUGCCUCUUUCUGUGGUCAAGGGAUUGUUCCUGAAACAUUCACGCUCUCUAAUCUCCCACAUUUCAGAAUUGGUGGAAGCAUUCACUUGAUUGUCAAUAACCAACUGGGCUACACCACCCCAGCAGAAAGAGGAAGGUCUUCUUUAUACUGUAGUGAUAUUGGGAAGCUUGUGGGCUGUGCCGUCAUUCACGUCAAUGGAGACAGGCCAGAAGAAGUGGUCCAUGCCACACGACUGGCUUUCGAAUACCAGCGCCAAUUUCGCAAGGAUGUGAUUGUGGACUUGUUAUGCUACAGGCAAUGGGGCCACAAUGAGCUAGAUGAGCCUUUCUUCACCAACCCAGUCAUGUACAAAAUCAUCAGAGCCCGCAAGAGUAUCCCAGACACAUAUGCAGAGCAUCUUAUUGCCAAUGGACUCAUGACCCAGGAGGAGGUAUCUGAAAUUAAAGCCUCCUACUAUGCCAAGUUAAAUGACCAUUUAACUAACAUGGCCCAGUACAGCCCCCCUGCCACUAAUCUGCAAGCUCAUUGGCAGGGCCUGGUUCAGCCAGAAGCACGCAUCACCACCUGGAACACAGGCGUGCCCCUUGACCUCCUGCGGUUUGUUGGUGUAAAGUCUGUGGAAGUGCCAAAGGAUCUCCAGAUGCAUAGUCACUUGCUAAAGAUGUAUGUUCAGUCCAGAAUGGAGAGAGUGAUGGAUGGAACAAAGCUAGACUGGGCCACAGCAGAAGCUCUUGCCUUGGGCUCCUUGCUUGCACAAGGUUUUAAUGUCCGUCUGAGUGGCCAAGAUGUUGGCCGUGGAACUUUUAGUCAAAGGCAUGCAAUGGUGGUUUGCCAGGAGACCGAUGACACCUAUAUCCCACUGAACCAUAUGGACCCCAAUCAGAAGGGGUUUCUAGAGGUCAGCAAUAGCCCGCUGUCAGAAGAGGCUGUUUUGGGAUUUGAAUAUGGGAUGAGCAUCGAAAGCCCAAAGUUACUGCCCCUCUGGGAGGCUCAGUUUGGCGAUUUCUUCAAUGGAGCCCAGAUCAUCUUUGACACGUUCAUCUCUGGAGGAGAGGCCAAGUGGCUCCUACAAAGUGGCAUUGUUAUUCUCCUUCCUCAUGGCUAUGAUGGGGCUGGACCAGACCAUUCAUCUUGUAUGUGUGACAGCGUGGAAGAGGGGGUGGAUGGAGACACCGUGAACAUGUUUGUGGCACACCCAACCACUCCUGCACAGUAUUUCCACUUGCUUAGAAGACAAAUGGUCCGGAACUUCAGAAAACCCCUCAUCAUAGCUUCUCCCAAGAUGUUACUCAGGCUUCCUGCAGCUGUGUCAACGCUUCAAGAAAUGGCACCAGGAACAACAUUCAAACCAGUCAUUGGUGAUUCAACGGUGGAGCCCAAAAAUGUUAAGACACUCGUUUUCUGCUCUGGAAAACAUUUCUAUGCCCUAUUGAAGCAAAGAGAAUCUCUGGGAGCUAAGAAGCAUAAUUUUGCCAUCAUCCGAAUAGAGGAGCUCUGCCCUUUCCCCUUGGAUUCUUUGCAGCAAGAGAUGAGCAAAUACAAACAUGUUAAAGAUCUUAUUUGGAGUCAGGAAGAACCUCAGAACAUGGGUCCAUGGUCUUUUGUUUCUCCAAGGUUUGAAAAACAACUGGCCUGCAAGCUCCGCCUUGUAAGCCGACCCCCUCUGCCAGUGCCGGCUGUGGGAAUUGGCACGGUUCACCUGCAGCAGCAUGAAGAUAUCCUCACCAGGACCUUUGCUUGACGACGUCCUUGAAGAGACACUACUUCCUUUUAAGUAGAGUGACAUGAAAAGAUAGGCCUGCUUCCUCCACUCUCUCUUCCUGUCUGUUAGGUGACACGAAAAGACUUAAUUCCUUUGAGAUUCUGGGAUUGAUGUGGACAAUUUAAUCAGAAAUAAGCAGGGGAAUUGGUUAUAAACACAUGAAUCAGACCAGAACAUUUAUCCUAAAUGUUCAGGAGUGUUAUGUUUUGGUGUGAUCUGCAUGAGCUGGACAACUAGGCCAUUAAUUCUGGAUGAUUUCAGACUCCAUUUAAAUGAAUCACAUUUGACAAGGAAAAAUUCUUUAGCCUAAUUUGCAGUUUAUACUGUCUCCCAACUUGUUUGGUGCAAGUCACUUUAAUUAAAUUUUCCUUCCUUUUUCAAGGUCCUGUGACUAGCAAUAUUUUUAUUUUAUGUAAUCUCUGGUGUUGCUUUCCCACCACUGUGUAAAAUGUUUCAUAAACACUAGCCAAACUAGAUUACUCCUGAUUUAUGUUUUUAAGGUAAUUGUUUUAUCCAUUAUCCUUAAAUCUAGGUCCUAUGAAAUACAAAUCUCUUGGUGUAUAAUCUUCUAGCACUGUAUUUUUAAAUUAAUGAAAUUGAUUUAUGGCCUGUUAUUGGGGAUUUCAGCCCUUGGUUACUCAGUCCCGCCUCUAAAAAUUCUCUUCAGCAUUAUUAUGUUUAUUUGUGAUAUUUAAAGAGCACUUAAACAGAGGGAACUUCCCAGUGUCAGGGGUUUGGGGAUUUCAUAGAGGUUACCAUCUGACUCCCUCAGUCUGAAAUGAAAUCUAGUACUGGAAACAACUGUACAGCAAACUAUGUAGCUUUACUUGACUUGGUGCUGUGGAGCCUCCACCAUCUACCAUUCUUGUGUCAAACACUGUUUUUCUCAGAAGUGAUGGGGAAGACCUGAGGGACUAGAAUGGGCUCACAUCCUCCCAACUUUUACCGGCCACUGGUCAUAUCUUUCAGAAUCAGUGAUAAGGUUGUUCUAGUCACGGUAGUAUAAUACAUUUAGGAUAAACACCCUAUACAUGUGGAUUAGGGGGCUAGCAGGUGGCAUGGUAGUUAAGUGACUGGAUCCCACAUAGCCAACUGUAGUUUGAGUCCUGGG